AUGUUCUCCUUUUCCUGGUGGAACAAAUCGGUGGAGCCAGCCAUAGUUGGCCCUCCUCGGCUUUCUGAGGACCUGGAAAGGGAAAUCUUCCUGUUAGCCGCAUUCCAGGCCCCUCUCAAGAUCGUCGCGAAUCAUAUUCUUGUCGCGAAACGGACGCGCCUCUGGCUCGAGCCUUUACUGUAUCGCACCAUCCUUGUUCUCCAGUAUGACCGUGUCCGUCACCAACUUGAGCAGCGUUUGCGUCGCAAACCCGGCUCGGUUCUGCGGGAUGGUCCGCGAAACUUGCUCAUUGCGCUGGGAGAAGAAAAGGAAGAUGUAGCUUAUGCGGAGAUGCUACUGUUAAGAUGCACAGGCGUCCAAAACCUCAGCUUUCAUCCGCCACUCCGACAUUCACGACGCUUCCUACCAGCGAUGAAAGGGAUGACCGACCUUAGACGUGUCUGUACCCAACUGCAAGAGCUCUUUGACGGUGCAAUAGGCAGCGUCGAUCUCCAGCUCUUGCCAUUCGCCAAACUGACGCAUUUGCUUCUAUUCGACGAGAUGGUCAACUGCUCGGAGAGCGACGCGGCCCACCUAGCUCAGCAACUUGCGUGUCUUCCUGCCCUCACUCAUGCUGCCGUCUCCGGUAAAAUUCCGCACUAUCUUCCACUCGCCAUCCUCUCCGUCUCGUCUCUCCGCAUUCUGGUCAACCUCCGUCAGGACACCCGGCUUCGAACCGUUCAGAUGAUGUACGAGCGCGAGCUGAAGGAUGUCAACGACAUCCGAUUCGUCAUCGCCCCAGUAGACAUUUGGGUCAGAGAGUGGGAGGCGGCGACUAAAGGAGCACCUGAUUUCUGGGCUGUGGCGGAGCGGUUUGUCGAGGCAAAACAGAGCGGAGCGAUAUCCAGUGGGUCGGACAAGUAUUGGACUGACGACGAUAUGACUGUUUAG